GAGUGGAAGCAACUGACAGUAGCACAAGCUGAGUAAAUGCAUGGAUCUCUGUUUUUCAGUCAUAUUCCUUUCUGUACCUGAUCCCUUUACUGUGAUUCCCUCCUUGAAGGCAGAUCGUUUGACCUAAGCAGAUUAAACGCAUGAACGACGCAGCCGGCUAUCAAGGAAGAGAUUUGGGUCCAAAAUAGGACACUAAGCUUUUCAGCCUUAUGCCUAUUUACCUAGUCAGCAUGCUCAGCCGCCUCCUGGGGAAUCAGCUGGGAAACAGAAGCACAAGUGGCAGCCCCUGCCAAUGUGGAAGUGUCAUUAGAGAGAAUACUCGCUAAUAAUGGCCUGUGAGAACCCUGGUUUCCUUGGUUUCCAUGACAGCUAUUAGGUAUCAUAGAAAUUGAAUUGCUCACUGCUCCUGGGGGAGUGAAAGGGUGUACAAAUGACUGAGCAGAUUACUUAGAACUUAACCAUCAUCGCUUUGCAAGCAAAACUGGAAUACUGUUGUUUUUUUUUCUCCUGAAAACUGGGAGGCAUUUGCUUCUUUUUCAGGAAUCUCCUGCUUUUAUGGAUUCGGUUUUUUCCAGUAGUCUGUACCUAUAUAUUGUUUUGAUUUUUUUAGAAUUAAGCUUUGGCAAUCAAGGCUAUGAGCUAUUACACAGGUGGGCUACAAAGGAGGGGUGAAGAAUUAAGGCAUCCAAUCUGGUAUUGGCUACCUGCAGCAUCUGCGCUAUGCCCCUGCAACAAAUCUCUGUAGUCCCUGCACGGGAGAGCACUGGCAAUGGGAGAAGUUCAGUGGGAAGAAAUAAAGAGAAGAGUAAGGAAGGAGAGAAUGACAAAUCUCCAGGGUGCUCAGCGAGUCAAUCAAACAAUAUAUCAAAGGCUAGGAGCCAGGCAACAGGCACAACACAAAGAAGACAUUCUCAAUCAUCAGUAUGCCCAUCAACUCAGGAUAUUUGUAGAACUUCUAUGACUUUGCAUGACGUUACAGAAGAUGACAUUACACAUACCACCCCUGUGAUGACAAUAAUGGCAGCUGUUAGAGAACAUGGUAAAAAGCAGGUGAAGAGGAGGCGUAGGCGUAAAAAAACCUCUUGUGAGACUUGCAUGCAUUCUGGAUAUGAAAGAAACCUGAAACCUGGUAUGGAAGCUCAGAGGUUUGGCCCAACUGACACAGAUUCCUCAUCUGAUGACCAACAUUGGGCCACGGCUAGAAUGAGAAGAAGUGAAAAGGUUAAAGUAUUCAAGAAAGGAAGAAGACGGGAAAAGUCACGUCAAGUUUAUGAAGGAUUCUCAGAUACUAAUACCAUUGAAAUGGCUUCUUUGCCCUGUAAAAACUCAACUGAACCAAACACAUACUCCCAGUAUCCCACCAGUGUUAACAACUCCACCUCCUAUCGAAGAAGAAGGAAAGAGUUAAAAUGCAAUGCACCAGCUGAAACAAAACAUAUUGCUAACAGAAAACCAAAAAGAAAAGAGAAUUGCUGCAAAGAUUCUGUAAAGUGCCAGUGUUUCUGCAGAGAGGGAAACAUCAUCAAGAAGAACAUAAGAGAAGAAGGAGCAGGGGCAGACGUUCAGGCGCCAGUCAUCACAGUGCCCCUAGCGCGGGCUCCUUCACCCGUUAAUUCUAAUGAUGUGUCUGAGGAUUUAGAUGUAUGCAGAAUCUGUCACUGUGAGGGAGAUGAAGAGAAUCCCCUCAUUACUCCAUGUCUAUGCACUGGUACUCUGAGAUUUGUACAUCAGACGUGUCUGCAUCAGUGGAUCAAAAGCUCAGACACGCGAUGCUGUGAGCUCUGCAAGUAUGACUUUGUAAUGGAAACCAAGCUCAAACCAUUAAGAAAGUGGGAAAAGCUGCAGAUGACAAAAAGUGAACGAAGCAAGAUAAUUUGCUCUGUAACAUUUCAUAUUAUUGCUUUAACGUGUGUAAUGUGGUCACUGUAUGUGCUCAUAGACCGAACGGCAGAAGAAAUCAAGCAAGGCAGUGAAAACGGUGUUCUUGAAUGGCCUUUUUGGACAAAAUUAGUGGUUGUGGCUAUUGGAUUUACUGGCGGUUUGAUCUUCAUGUAUGUUCAGUGCAAAGUCUACAUUCAGUUGUGGAGAAGACUUAAAGCUUACAACAGGGUUAUUUUUGUCCAGAACUGCCCAAACACAUCAAAAAAGUUAGAAGAGAAAGACUCUACAAGCAACCAGAACACAAACCUUAAGGAGUCUGUGGCUGUCCCUGUUUUACAGACAUCAGCUAUCAUGCAGUCAUGCUCCACUGCAGUUGCAUCUGGCAGUAUGGCUGUGUGAUGAGAGAGUAUUGUGGGUAAUUUCACUUCAAAAUAGGUGCCCAAAUGCUGCAUCGUAAGUUAUUUUGGUUCCCAGCUGACACACUACACAAAUGUGUUAAUAGAUGCAAAGUUAUUUUAACACUUCAAGUAGGAGCAAAGGAAAGGGCUUUCAGCUUGUCAUUAAUGGGAUUCAGUGUUCUUAGGGAAGCAUAAAAAUAAGAAAGAAUAAAAGUUCUUACUUUGGAUAUCACAGAUAUCAGAUUAAACUGAAUUAUACAGUGUUGCCUCUUACAAAGGCCAGUUUUUCAAUUGCUGUCACCAUGUUAUUGAACAAAGCAAUGAUGCAAAAAUGGGAAAAAGGUAUGAAAAGAGGUAUUAGUUGUGUGAUAUCCAAAGAAAAGUCUAAACCUGAACAUAACAAAGAUUGGUUGAUAUCAAAGACCAAUGACAAUUACAGGAGCAGUAUUUAUAGUUGCUGAUGUGACCACCAGUGGAACUUGAUAUUAAUGGGUCCUACCAUAGCAAAACAAAUUUAGGGCCCCCCAAAACAUUUGUUCUUCCUCCAGUCUGGCCCACCCCCACCACCUCUACCCAGUCCCCUCUGUUACUCCCUUGGCUGUAGAUGAAGAGUGUGAAUGAGAGGAGACCAUAAUAAUGGAUGACUUUCAGACAAGAGCAACACUGAACAAACAGACUGGCACGUGAUCAGCUUUUCCCUGAACCAAUAAAAUGGCCCACAAAUCGAUAUAUUUCUUAUAUGUCUUUUAUAAUUAGAGCUUUAGGGGGACAUUCUAGUGCAAUUUAAAGUAUGUGGUAAAUGACAUGUUUUGCACAGUCUUUUUUGAAUAAAUAAAAAAUGUCCAACCAAGCACCAAAUACAA